CAAGAUGAGAGGAUGCCCUCCUCACCUAGAACAACAUCUGCUUCAGCUCCGCGUACCGUGGAUAGGGUGCCGUGUAACCUCAAGAGGGUUGUUUUUGAGAACUCGCAGGAGAGGUUUGAGCAUCAUAUUCGACCAAACCAGCCUUCUGCAGCUAGUCACGGCAAUGAUGACGACGACUUCAUGCCCUUUCCCAACACUCGUUCAUCUUCACGCAUCGAUAAAUCUAAGGAUGUUGGUCCUAGGAAGACUUUGCAAGCACGAGCAGGAUUAUCGACCGGUGCUUGUACACAGGCAAGACAAAGGAAAAAGAGAGCUACCAACCGAUCCUCCAUUGUAAAUGUUCGGUGCAACCCCAGAGACGUUAUUUUCACCACUGGUUUGUUGAACCCACAACAAUAUGCUGCUAUUGAAGCUGAUGGUUUUGCUGAGUUGCUAAGAAUGAAGAUCGAUGCUGUAGAGAACAAGAAUCUUAUUAUCUGGCUACUGGACCACACUGACCCGGAUCAAAUGCUAAUAAAGUUAGGUGCAGGCAAGGUCCUUCCGAUCACUCCACAAAUAAUUAGCAUGGUUCUUGGUCUGCCUAUAGGGGGUCAAAACCUCAAGCAAUACUCAUGGAAGGAAGGUAUCAUAUUUCGUCAGCAGCUUAUCUCUGAUCUAAACCAAAGCCUCACUGAAGAUUGUGACAUACAUAUAUCCAACUUGCAACAAGAGAUCCUUAAGGGAAAUGUGAACCCCCUCAUGAAGAGAUGCUUCUUAAUGAUACUCUGCAAUAGGCUGCUACUUCCUAGCAGCAGUAACACCAUUGGAUCAAAUGACAUCAAGAGGACAAUGGAUUACCAAUUGUUCGGAGUCGUUGACUGGUCCCAGGCUGUAUUCAAUGAUCUCCAGAUUGCUGUUCGCACCUGGCACGACCGGGACAAAAAACAACUCACUCAAAACAUUUAUGGCUGUGCCAUUUUCCUACUAGUACGUUUCUUUUCAUUCAUCACUAUUUUUAUUAUUUUUUUUCAGCUUUCCUGCCACCCAAUUAUUUUUUGUCAAUAGGUAUACUAUCUUGACAACAUUGACCACCCGUCCUCGUUGGCUGAUCGGACUUCCACUCCACGUCUUACCUUUUAUGAUAAUGCUCUCAUAGAUCGCUUAAUAGCUGCUGAUACAACUUUAACCACCGAGGGUGCACAUACUUUUGGUGUCCAACCUUUCAAGCCAUGGAGUACCACUUGCUACGCUGCUCCAAAUGUUCGUGGUGCUCCUUGCCAAAGCAGAAAUGUUCCUAAUGCAGGAAUACCCAAUUUAGACAUUCCACGCCUACAAGAUUUGUUAUCUGGGUCGAUAGAUGCUCUCACUGCCCCACAUAGAGAGACAGUACGGGGUUUCUUUUCUGAGUUUGAUCGCACACUUUCUAUUAACAAAAGGUCCAUUGAGAAUUCUAUUGGGAACAUUGUGACAGCCCAAUUUCGGCUAGCUGAUCAAUGUCGUCCAUUCAUUCAUGAACUUCUUCACUCACAAUCCCGAGACACCAACAUUCCAGGUGAAACUUAUAGGACAACGCAUACCCACACUGAUCAUGAUACCCGUCAAUCAGGCCAUUCUACCCCGCCUUCAAUGACAGGCAUACUCUUCAUACUCUUGUUUUAGUCAAUACAUAUGUUAUCUCAACCUGUUGCAUG